AUGGAGUUCGGGCGUCGGGCGGGCGCGGAGGGCAGCGGGGCCAUGCUGCAAGCCUUCCUGGCCCGGGGCCACCGCCAGCUGGACACGGCCCACAUGUACGCCGGCGGCGAGUCGGAGCGCCUGCUGGGCAGCCUGCUGGCCGCCCAGCCCGCGGGGGCAGCUGCAGCGAUGGCCAUGCAGUGCGGUCAGGGCCGAGGCAUGCGCUCCGUGCUGGGAGUCAUGGAGUUUGGGAAUCGAGCUGGCCUGGAUGCCAGCCGGGCCAUGCUGCGUGCCUUCCUAGACCACGGGCACUGUGAGCUGGACACCGCCCACAUCUAUGCUGGGGGCGAGUCGGAGCGCAUCCUGGGCACCUUGCUGGCCACAGAGCCCGGAGGUGCAGUCAAAGUGGCCACCAAGGCCAAUCCGUGGGAUGGCAAAACCCUGAAGGCGGAGAGUGUCUGCUCCCAGCUGGAGACGUCCCUCAAGAGGCUGCAGAUGAAAAGCGUGGACCUCUUCUACCUUCACGCUCCCGACCACGGGACUCCCGUGGAAGAGACUCUGCAGGCCUGCGACAAGCUGCACAAAGAGGGGAAGUUUAAGGAAUUUGGCCUCUCCAACUACGCUGCUUGGGAAGUGGCAGAGAUUUGUACCCUCUGUAAAUCCCACGAUUGGGUCCUGCCAACGGUGUAUCAGGGCAUGUACAACGCCACCACUCGCCAAGUGGAGCCAGAGCUUCUGCCUUGCCUUCGGCACUUUGGAAUCCGAUUCUACGCCUACAAUCCUCUGGCUGGAGGCCUUUUGACUGGGAAAUACAAGUAUACAGACAAAGACAAAAACCCGAGUCAGCAGCCACAGAGCAGGUUUUUUGGCAAUGACUGGGCACAAGUCUACAGGGACAGGUACUGGAAGGAACACCAUUUUCAAGGUGUAGCCUUGGUUGAAAAGGCACUCUCCGAUGCGUACGGAUCAGACCCACCAAGUAUGACCUCAGCUGCUCUGCGCUGGAUGUAUCAUCACUCAAAGCUCCAGGCGGACUGCGGGGAUGCCGUGAUCAUCGGCAUGUCCAGUUUGGAGCAGCUGCAGGAGAACCUGAAGUGCAGUGAGGAGGGUCCCCUCCAGGCGGGCGUGGUGGACGCCUUCGAGAGAGCCUGGCACCUCACUGCACACGAGUGCCCCAACUAUUUCCGCUGA